UACAGGAAGUUUGGAACGACAACGAAAACUCCCGGUUAUGGAUUUGAGCACCGGCCUGGAGGAUGUUGCUGUUUUAUUUCAACCUCAUUCGGCCAAACAGAGCAUUCCUGACUUCGAGUACUCCCCAGGCAACGUUCCAGGACCAGGAUGCACCGCUGACCCCAGUGAAGUGACACUUCCAGGAUGCUCCUGCCGCUCCCACCAGUGUUCCAGCGAGACCUGCUCCUGCCUGCAGAGCCACGGACAAGCCUACGCCAGCAACGGCACGCUGCUGAGCGUCAACAUGCCGGACGCCAACCACUGCACGCCGGUGUUCGAGUGCAACGCCCUCUGUCCCUGCAGUGACACGUGCUCCAACCGGGUGGUGCAGGGAGGACUGCGACUGGCCUUGCAGGUGUGCAGCACCGGCGGUAGCGGGUGGGGAGUGCGCACUUGUCAGCGGAUACCGCGAGGGACGUUCGUGUGCGAGUACGCGGGAGAGGUCAUCGGCUUCGAGGAGGCCAGACGUCGACAGCUCGCGCAGGGAUGUGAUGAAAACAAUUACAUCAUCGCCGUACGGGAGCACGGCGGCACGGCGUCCGUCGCCGAGACAUUUGUGGACCCGACCACUGUGGGAAACGUCGGUCGCUUCCUGAACCACUCCUGCCUGCCCAACCUGUUCAUGGUGCCGGUCCGCGUGCACUCGGCGGUGCCCAGAUUGGCGCUCUUCGCCGGCCGGGACAUCGACGCCCUAGAGGAACUGACGUUUGACUACUCGGGGGGCUACAGAAACCAAACACCCGGACAGAUGCCGGUCACACAAACUGAUCAGGCCAGUAGGACAGUCCGGAGGAAAGUAUGUCACUGCGGUGCCAACAACUGUGAAAAGUUCCUUCCUCUGGAUGCAUCUAUUUUAAACUAACCUACAUUACAACACCCCCCCUCCCUCGCUGAAACGUUCACAUUCAUACCUUGACAUCAUCUUCAAACAAGACAAAAUGUCAGUCUGUCUUCAUUACCGAGUUCCUGAGAGAACUCCUUGACAUUUCUGUGUACUCUUGAGCAGCGUUCAAGAACACCUACUUCCUGUCAUGCUGCCCUUACACUUGAUAUCCCGCCUGAAGAGCAUCCUGAGCACCGCCAGCAUAUCCUUUUAUCCAUCUGAAUAGCCAUGAUAUUUUCAGUCUUUAUGACAGUAACGCCGUAAAGCAGAGUAACAAAUGUCAUAUGACUCCAACCACUCAUUUCUGUCAUCCUAAACGGUGUCUCUAUUCUUGCUAUUCUCAGUUUUCUCAUCGCUCUUGGACCUCAGGAGAGGUGCGACCAAUUAAAAGGGGCCUCGGGGUGUUUGGAUUUAGAAACACGUUUUAUUCCCCAGUCGAAGGAGGAGGAGUGCGGGUGUCCCACUUCAACGUGACGGUUUCUGAAAUCAGGCCCUCCCUUUCAACGUGGCCCAUUUCUCGUCUAGACCCGCUUUCAUUUGAGUAAUAAUAUCAACAUCUGGGUUAAUUAGAAUAGAGAGAGAAAUGGGACCAUUGCUUGAGAAUGUAAGCACGGACAAGCAGAGAGAAACCUGCCAAGUUGUUUUUCACAAUUAUAGUCAACGCUGUUUUAGAAUUUUUUUUUCCUAUUUGAAUGAUCUUAAUUAUGAAAACUCUUAUAUUUUUAUUCAAACACUACAACUCCACAAGGACUCAGAUGUGAACUGCCAAGCUACCAUUUUAUUUGUCACCUUAGCACAGUUUGUGCUGGUGUCUCUACAGAAGACACAUUUUUUGGGAGGGAAAAAUGGUGCAAUAUUGUGAGAAAAAGGAAUAUCCUGACAUUGUAUUUUAUUUUAUCUUAUAAGACAAAAUUAUAUAAUUUAAAAAGAUUAAAGUGAAAUAUUAUGUGAAAAAAAAGUAUUUUUUAUUUUUAGAAAAAAAAUAAUAUUGUGAGAGAUAAAAGUUGUCAAAUUUUUUUUUUAAAUGUG